CUCCUACGCACCAAUGCUUCAUGCGAGACCAGAUUCAGAAGCAUGACAAUAGCGAGUUGCUUAUUUCUUAGCAAACCUGCCUUUUAAAUUGUAACUUGCGAAAUUACAUUACAGGCCUACACAAUAUGAUUGUGGGUCGACAGCGAACUUAUUUUAGCUUGCAGCAUCGUUUAAUAUAUAUAAUUUUUGUCAAGACAGGAAGACAAAUGUAACUAGCUGAAAGUAAAAUUGGUUGGCGCGACGACACUUCAAACCACAGUAGCAGUCGGCGGUGACAAAAAACAAUGCGUUUAUGGAACGCAAACAAAAAAAGGAAGUGAUCACAGCAUGGUUUUAAUUUCCUGUUCUUAAAUAUUCGCACUGUAUUUUUAUCGCCAUAAACGUAUACGGCAAUUUAUAGUUUUUACUGAAAUGACGUAGUUACCCAUUUGCUACUCGGCUUGCUGAACAUAGCAAGCUCAUUUUCUGUCAUGUUUUGGGACUUUUAUCGACACUUCUGGACGGCUCAUAUUUUAAGCGAGCUAUACUAGCAAGCGGGUAGCAUGGACAGCUCCGUGACCCUGUGGCAGUUCCUUCUCCAGCUCCUAUUGGACCCCACCAAUGAUCAGCUGAUCUGCUGGACCAAUGAGGAGGGCGAGUUCAAGCUGCUGCAGGCAGAGGAGGUGGCCAAGCUGUGGGGCACCCGGAAGAACAAACCCAGUAUGAACUACGACAAGCUCAGCAGAGCCCUAAGAUACUACUACGACAAGAACAUCAUUAAGAAGGUGAACGGGCAGAAGUUUGUGUACCGUUUCGUCUCCUACCCAGACAUCCUAAAAGGGGAUGCCUCUGCUCGGCCGGAAGGGGAGGGGGGUGCAGGGGGUAGCCUGCCCCUGUCCGAGAGGGGCGACAACAACUCCCGAGAUGGUGAAGGUGGGGACAGGGGUGGAGGUAUGACAGCGACACAGGGGUCCAGUACUAAGCCAUCCAACCGUAAUGACUACAUCCACUCUGGCCUGUACACCUCCUUCACCCUCACCUCGCUGCAAAAUGGACGCCAGCUCUUCAAGUCCAUUAAGAUGGAGAACCCUGCAGACAAGAUGGCCGACAGGAAGUCCAAUACCCAGGCUCAAGACCCGCCCUCUCAGCAGCCAAUGCUGUCGCCGUCAGUUAUCAAGUUCGGGACCACCCCUCCCAAGAGAAGCCCUCCGAUUACAAUAGAAACACCUAAUCCGCCAUUGUGCCCUCCCAUGGGCGAUGUCGUGAUGACACACUCUGUCCUCCUGCCUCAGGCUGUGUGUGCGUUUGAGCAAGCCAAGCCCAUGGAAUCCUCGAGUCUUCGAAUCCUGAAUAGUUUCAGCCUAUCAGAGUUGCCCAUUCGGAGCCCCUCCCCCAUCACGGUGCCUGACUCCACCCAGGAGCUGGUGAUUGACAGCGACAUCGAGUCCAUCUCCUCCCAGCCCACAGAGACGCAGAUACAGGGGGUGCAGAGUUUUGGCCAAGUGUCAGGUGGUGAGGUGUGUGUAGAGAACAGGGACAAGGGGGGGAAUAGGGAGAUGAGUUUAUCUCCGUUGUGUGUGAGUGGCCAUAUCACAGGGGGCAAGGCCCGCAAGCCUCCUAAAGUCCUGGAGCUGUCCACUCCUACACUGGUGGUCACCACCUCUGACCUCUCACCUAUGAACCUCUACAGCCCUUCCCUUCCCACCGCCUCUCUCACACCUGCAUUGCUACAGACACCCACUCUGUUGCUGACCCCCAGUCCCCUUUUGUCUAACAUCCACUUCUGGAGCACGCUCAGCCCGGUGGCUCCCCUCAGCCCUGCCACCCGGCGCCAGCAGGGCGCACACACCCUGUUCCAGUUCCCCUCGGUGCUCACCCCUCAUUUCCAUAUCCCCACACACAGCCUGGAUGGGACCAACACCCCUGGACCCCUCACCCCAGACCCUCAUAAGACAUAAGAGACCUUAUCCUUGGAACCUGUGGAGCACCCAGACACUGAGGCCCUACUUCAGCUCCCCCACACACCCCAAACAGACACAAGACACGGUGGUUCACAACUCCCCUAAAAAGGGCUUAGCCAGACUUUUUAGGAAUUGCCAUAGUAACAGGUGCUGCAAAGUUCACGGAUUGGAUGCUGAGCAGUCACAAAUGUGCAUCUGUACCUGGAACAGGCAAUUGUGUCUCCGUUCUUGAGACCAAUGGUAUUACAGAUGUUUUUCUGUUUGAUGCUGUGUUGUCAAUUCCAACUUAGUUUUUAGAUGUUUUCAUGGGUAAUGUUCCUGCUAUUUGUUGUAUGUUUUAAACCAGGGGUCUCCAACAGGUCAAUCAUGAGAUACCAGUAACUCGCAGCCCACCUAUGAGUAGCUCGCCAAACAAUUCUGAAAGUACAUGCAAUUUUCACGUGUUUCACUGC